GAGAGGAGAAGGAGAAGGAGGUAACAACAGCAAUAAGUUAUUGUUUGAAGACUGUAUUGUUUUUACUCUAUUUUAGAGUAAAUAGUUGAGUAGUGGAGUUUUAUAUAGUUGUUCUGUUAAAUAAAUUAUACUUUAGAUGGACUCUCAUUUUCAUUAUAAAGAGACGAAAGUGAUGAUCUCUAACCUGAACUAGGCUUGCAGAAAUCACAGGAUCCAUGAUUGAAUGGCGGAGCUGUAUGCAAUCGGUCAGAUAGUUGGAGCUACAAAAUUUCCAAAAGCAACAUUAUUCUGCAAAUGGGGGAUACGGACAGGUAGUGGAUGGAAGGUAAUUGAAGGACAUACCGAGGGACAGACACAAAUAGACAGUCCUGACUUUGACGAGUUUACAUACUGGAGCCACCCAAUUGACGUUCAUUAUGCUACCAAAGGUAUUCAAGGCUGGCCCAAGAUCCAUUUCCAGGUGUUUCACUAUGACCACUACGGCCGCAGUGAGUUGUACAGUUACGGAGUAUGUCAUCUGCCUACAACUCCUGGGACUCACACAAUAGAGUGCUGCACCUGGCGGCCUGUAGGUUCAUACCGAGAAGAAUUCCAACAAUAUUUCCUGGGUGGUGGAGUUCAGCUUCAAGAUCCGGAGUUGAUCUACUCUGGAUGUAACCGGUACAAACUCCAAACACAAACCAUGGGAAAUGUGCAUUUGGAGUUGAGUGUCAUACUGAGGAACUUUGAAAAAUACAGGCUAGAGUUCUAG